AUGGACUCUAGUGAAAUUAUUUCUAAUCCAAUCUGCCCUAAUAAACCAAAAAUUCCUUAUUAAAUAACCAAGACUUUUUGUCCUUAAUAAGAAAAUUCAAGCUAUUUGAAUUGGUAAGAAUAAGGGAAUGAUAAACCUAAUUCUGAAUAAACUUAACUCUAUGGAAUGUCUGCUUAUAAUAUACUUACAGGAUAAAAUCAAUUUGAUGGACAUUGCUGUAGCAAAAUGGCAGAAAUGACUCGAAACAAUUAAAAGCAACUUUAAGGAUAAUUGGCAACUAUGUAAUAAUUGAAUAUAUUAAUAACUGAACAUUAAAAAUUAUUAGAUCGAUCGUAUUAAUAAUUAAUAGAUGAAAAAUAAAAGAAAGAUUAAUAAUUAGCAAGAAGUUUAGACAUCAGUUAAGACUUGUUAAAUAAAGAUAAGAUUAUCAAUUAAUGGAAAUCUAAAUAUGAAAAGGAAAUCUCUUUAAAUUAAUAAAGAGACAGUAAAAUUGAGUAAGAUUCAAUUUUCUAAUUAGACUAUUAAAAUAAAAGAUUGAAGAAGCAAAAGAAAAACAGUAACAAUCAGUAACAAUAAUUGGAUUAUAGGAUGAAAUCAAUACUUGGAAAAAUAGGUAUCUUAAUCUAAACAAAACAUUUGAUGAAACAAAAUAAAAGCUAGUUGAACUUUAACAUGAAUCAGAAAUCUUGAAAAACCAAUAACCUAAUCAAGAUGAGUCUUCUUAAUCUACAAUUACUACAACAACAGUUAAAAGAACAAAAAAAUAAGUUGAAUGA